AAUCUGAGUAUAAGAAAGAUGGUGUCGAUAAGUCAAUUGUCAAGUUUGGACUAACAGAUGGAAAGACUUAUGCUAUUGUAACUUCUUCAAUGAAUUUGGAGACUCUCUUCUCAAAAGUCUAGAAAACAAGGUGGAACAACCGGUCAUCAUCAUCAUAGCAAGUGCACAUAUUAGUGUGUACAAUGAGGAAGUUGGCUUGACUAAUUAUCCCGCUACAAGAUUCUACCUAAAUUGUACACACCACAGUCCACAGUGUAAAAAGUAUUCGGAAAAGUAUCGCCCAAUGUACUUUUUAUGUAAGCCAUUGCAUUGAAGAAGAUGAGAAGGAUUGUCCAAAUUUCAGUGUCAAAGAUAUUUGUAGCCUAAAGGAUGAGUACAUACAGAAAAACGUUUGUGUUGUAAUGACGGUGCAAAAAAUUGACAAAACCAUGAACUGGUUUUGUAAUUAUUGUAUCCCCUGUGAUGUUGAUUUGGAACAAGUUGGAAACAGAUUCAAAUGUCCAAAAUGUGGAAAAUUCAAACCUUAUCCAGACAGGAGGUAUGAGUUCUCUAUGUUGUGUUCUAACAAAACUGGUACGAUUCCCAUUUUGUGGAGCUCAGAAGAAUUGACACGGUUCACUGGGAAAACGGUUUAUGAUGUUCUCGGUGAUGAAAGUCAAGUUGGUGAUGGUGAUAAAUUCCCACCCAUAUUGCAACAGUUUGAGAAGAAAAGUUAUGCUUUUACACUUUGCAUAAGCAAAGAGAAUGUGCUUCAAGGGUCCAAUUUGUACACUGCAAUAAAGGUCACUGAUCCGGCGGAAAUGUGGGAGUCUUUGGACAAUACUAAAGACAUUACUGCUCCACUUCAACAGACUGAAAUAUCACAGGACAUCACUAUGGUCAAGAGUAAUAGUCCUUCAACUGGUGAGUCAACUAAUAAGACAAAGUCCCGCAAAACCACUGAUCCAGUUGAGAUGGAUUUGCCGCACAAAACUCCACAGAGAAAGGCGAAGCACGUGAAGAUCGAAAAAAAGUGAUAGUAAGGAGCCGAAUCCUCGCCACAGCAACAUAAUCACAAGUUUUAAUAGAUAUUCAGAUUGUCAUUCUGACAACAACUACCUGCAUUACCCUGUUUUAUCAGACUCAUUUUUUCUCUCUGUCGUAUGUUCAUUGUUUUUCUUUUAUAAUUGUUUGUAGCAAGCUUUUAGUUUCUCCUGUUUUGUUUUACGUUAUAGCAUAGAAGUUGUCCGAAUAGCUUUGGCAUCGACAAUAUUGAAUAAUUCACAGACUCUAUUACAAUACAUAAUACAUAAUAUUGUAAAUAAUAAUAAAUUACAUUGUAUAUGAAUCAAACCAUAUACAUUGCAUACAAGUGUUAAUCACUAUAUUGGAUUAAUAACUUAAGCAAUUAUAUUGUAUUUAACUGGAUUAUACAUGAUCCGUAAAUUUUAAUGAAUUGUAUCUGAUUUUGAUUUUACACGGAUUUUACAUAAAAUAUCGCAGAUUUGAUGCAGAGUCUUUAGGAUUUAAACACAAUACUUCAAAAUCCAAUAGAUUAUGGUAGAACUUCAAAAAGCAAAAAAAUAUACUGCACAAUCUCACAAAAUGCAUCACUUUAUGAAGUCCAAAAAAAAUUCUCCAGCAUUUGAAUACCAUCAUAUUUUAAUGAAUUUUAAAUAAUCUCAAUUAAAUAUCAUCAAAUUUUAAGCAUAAUCUAUCUAUUAUAUAUCUAGAAAUUUCUAUAUAUUAAAGGAGAACCAGGGGCAAAAAGAUCAAAAAAAAUCCCUUUGAAAUGACAUUUAUACCAUCAAUUUAAACACAAUUUCUGUAAUGCCAUCGGCUAUUCAUUUUCUUCUCAUGUGCAGUUUCUCUCUUUCAUUUACAUCGGCUGUUCUCUCCCUCUGUUUGUUUGCUUUUGGGUUUUAAAUACAAGGUUAUCAAUUUCUCAUUAUAGUUGAUGAAUGUAUAUGCGGUGUUGAUGAGUUUCAGUCAUUUAAAAUUCUAAUUUUAAUUCUAAUUUCUUUUGGUAUAUUUCUUAUUAGCUAGAUUGUGAAUUAUGUGUUCUAUUAUGUAUUGCCCAUGUUUCUUUCUGCUUUAUAUGUUUGUGAAUGUAUAUGUUUUACAUGUGCGUGAACCUCCCUUUGGUCUCUCCCUCAGUGUUGAUGGGUGAUGUAUCCGAUAACUCCAAUAGUGGAAUGACAAUAGCAAAGGGAGGUUCACGCACUGCCGAGUUAAUCAGUCCAAAACAUAUGGAUAUUGAAGGAUACAAGGUUCAAAGUGAGAUGGUGACUGAGGGUUUCGAUCGGUUGAUCACGGGACGGGAAGAGAGAAAUGAAUCAAGAGGGUGUUCACCUGAGCCUGAAUUUUGUGGUUUGUGGUUUCAGACUUCGGGGUUUUCUUUCAUUUACAAAGCUAAAUAUACUGAUUACAGUGGCCAGCUAGAUAACUAAUUCGUAAGUGCACUUUUCAUGUGUCUUAGUGUAGUUUGCUUAUAUAGUGUUGUAGAGCAUACGUGGGUGUUUUGAUCAUGUCAUUAUAUUAGACAGGUUUAAAUUUUUCAUGUCUGAGAUAAGAGAUGUUAUAAAAAUACUUGUUAUAGCAUUUUGCACUUAAGGUAUAAUGGUGCAAUUUAAAGUUCAA